AUGGGGCGGCGGCUGCUGCUGGCGGCGGCGGAGCAGCUCGCGGGAGUCUGCCCGGGGCAGGCGCGAUUCCUGCUGUGGAUGCUCCGCAGUUCCCGAGCUAAUGAACAUGGAUUAGAAAGGAUAUGUCCUUACUGCUUCCAGUUCCUGGUUCCUGACAGCUACCGGGUGCGCCUCAAACCAAAGAUGAAAGUAACUCCACAGAUGGAGAAAGUUCUUAAACGAGAGGCAAAGAAUCAUAAACUUAACAUGAAACAGACAAAGCUUUUGAGAAAGUACAAGGAGUCAAGAAGCGUUCUGCUGAUUACUUGCAAAUCUUGCAACAAAACAACGAGACAUUAUGGUGAAAGCAGGGAUUUUCUGGCUACCAGAACACAAAAUUGUGGCACUCCAGGUAUCAAAUCUAGCCUGAAGACACCAGAUACAAAAAUUCAGUCUGCAAAGAAAAUGACACCUGUAAGCUGCAGUAGGUUGGGAUCUAAAGGGAACAGUCCCUCGUCACUUUCCAGGACACGUGAAUCCGGACAGGCAACAACCAACUCUGCUUCCAAGACUCCACGAAACUCCAAAUUUCACUUUUCUAAGCUAAAACGGAUGCUUGAUCUAGAAGAAAAAGAGAAAAACCAGAAGGCAGAUUUCAAAACCUUUUUGACUUUACUUUAGUUAUAUAUUAUUUCAAAGUAAUAAAGAUUACAGCAAUAAAUAUUGCUCCA